UAUUUGAAGUGUCUAUCCAGACAGAUUCUCUUCCAGUCAUCGGUGAAGAUUUCACUCUGGUCUGUUCGUUCACUCCGGAAACCAGGUAUCGACGAGUGGUUUGGACCAAAGGUAACAACGUACAUGUGGCCUCUCAUCCAUGCUGGAGGAACAAUAAAUGCGCUUAUUACAUUCCUUCGCCAUCAAAAUUCAGCUUUUUAGCGGAUACUUCCACCGGAAAUUUAACAAUAAAAAGGCUUCAUGGAAAUGACGGCGAUAUUUACCACUGCUCAUUGCGCAGCACGCAUGGGAGAGUGAGUGUUGGAUCAGCUAGCAAGCCAGUGUGGCCGUUAACACCAGUUGCACCAAAUAGCGUCUUCAUCAAAGAUGGAAGAGGGAAAAUGAACUGCGUUGACAACCUCUCUGUGAGAUUAACUGCCCCAAAACAAUUAGAGAUCACUUGUCAAGCAGGUCAGGCAAGACCUCCUCCAAUACUUCAAUGGCACCUACCAGAUACCACGAAUGGUUUUACAGCUGUUAUUGAUCACCAGUAUGAUGUCGUACAAGACGGAUCUUACAUCUCCCAAAGAUCUUUGAGAUUCACACCCUCCAGGAAUGACCAAGGAAAGAUUCUCAUCUGCGUUGCAUCACAUCCAGAACUAACAGAAAACCUUCAGUGCUCAGUUCAUCUAAUUUUUCAUGUUCCUCCCUCUGGGAUGAGGAUCUUUCUCGCUGGAAGUGAAAUGGAAUCUCUGCAAACAUUCCUAAACGUCAAUGAAGAUUUACCGACUACAAUCACUUGCAAAACCAUUGCCUCAUUCCCAGCGACUGAACUAUCGUGGAUAUUAAUUGGUACAAAUGGCAGUAAUCCUAUAAACGCAAACGUUUCAAAUACUCACAAUAUGUUAGAUGAUAAUUUAUUCGACACCGAGAGUACAAUCACAAUACACCCGGACAAGAUGGACCAUGGGAAUUUAAUUCAAUGCUAUAUAUCUCUGGACGGGGCCUUUGUCGAUAUACUUACAGCCACUUUAAGGGUCAUCGGUAAGUGA